AAGCGGUCCGGGCCUUUUCCCCUUCCGCUUGGACUCACAACCAAGAUGGCGGACGAGAAGCCUGUUUGCAGCUUCCUCUUCAAGAAGCGUCGCCCCGCGCAGGGGAGGGCUCAGCGCAAGAGGCCCGCCAGCGACAGGGAAUCCGGAGAGAGUAGUGAUGAAAGCAGUACAGUGGUCAGGAAGGAGAGAAGAAAGGAAGUUUCCAAUCCUAUGAUUCAGAAGACCAAAAAAAGUGUGAAAGACAAUACCUCAUAUGGCUCAAGUAGUAGUGAUGAUGAAGGCAAGCCUGAAGGAAUUGGAGUGGCCUAUAAGUCUACAAGAUCUGCGAAACCUGUAGGUCCAGAGGACAUGGGAGCAACUGCUGUAUAUGAACUGGAUACUGAGAAGGAGAAUGAUGCCCAGGCUAUUUUUGAACGCAGCCAACAAAUCCAGAACGAACUUAGAGGAAAGGAAGAUGAUAAGAUUUAUCGUGGGAUCAAUAAUUACCAAAAGUAUGUGAAGCCAAAAGAUACAUCCAUGGGAAAUGCUUCAUCAGGCAUGGUAAGGAAGGGACCUAUACGAGCCCCAGAGCACCUCAGGGCCACAGUACGGUGGGACUAUCAACCUGACAUCUGUAAAGACUACAAAGAAACCGGUUUUUGUGGCUUUGGAGAUAGCUGUAAAUUUCUCCAUGAUCGAUCAGACUACAAGCAUGGGUGGCAAAUCGAGCGAGAGUUGGAUGAGGGACGCUACGGAGUUAACGAUGAUGAAAACUAUGAAGUAAGCAGUGAUGACGAAGACCUUCCUUUCAAGUGUUUCAUCUGCAGAAAUUCCUUCAAGAACCCUGUGGUGACCAAGUGUAAACACUAUUUCUGUGAGAGCUGUGCCCUCCAACAUUAUCGCAAAUCUCAAAGGUGUUAUGUGUGUGACAAACAAACAAAUGGUGUCUUCAACCCAGCUAAAGAACUGAUAGCAAGACUGGAAAAACAUAAGGCUGAAGAAGGACCUCCAGAUAAUGUUGAGGCACCAGAGUAAUACUUUAUUUCUUCCUCGUUCAAAAAGGUAGUUCGAUAGCUGAAUAAAUAAUUUAUAGAAAAUUCA